AUGGACAGACUGGUGAAGCCAGACGUGAAAGAAGUUGAGCUCAACUUCAGGAGAGACCAAAAGUGCAGCACAACGUUCAGGCUAAGCAACCUCAUGCACACCAUGUCUGUAGCUGUGUCUCUUACCACCACAAACCCAUCUCUCUUUUCCUUUUCUCAGCCCUUCUCCAUAAUCCCACCGCUCUCCUCAGCAUCCUACAGCCUCUUCCUUUCUCAGCCCUCUGAUCAACCCCCUCUCCCUCUGUCGACCCCUCAUGACGUCAUGAACGUCAAAACCUCUAUGCUCCCCACCGGCAAGGCGCAUCAGGACGAUCUCCGCCGUCUGUUCGCAAGGCCUGGGCCCCACGUUUUCAAGGACGCCACCAUACCCAUCGCCUUCGUGGGUCCACAUGUCGUUGAAUUUCUCAUUUCCCAGCAAACCCGAAUCUCGGGAUUUGAUUCUUUCUUCAACAAAGCGAUUUCUGGGUGUUCUGUAUCUGACCUCACUGCGCUACUCAAACCCGCCAUAGCCUCUGGGAAUGCCAACUUGGUUUCUGACCUGAUUGACGCCGGUGCGGUUGUGAAUCAGAGAAAUUCGGAUUCUGGGUCUUUGCUAUCUCUGGGUGUUGGAGCCGGAAACGUUGAAACUGUAAAGGUUCUGAUAGCCUCCGGCUGCGGAAUUGGUAACAAUUCGGCCGACAUGGUUUUGCACGAAGCGGCGGCGAUAAACCGGCUCGAUUUGAUUGAGAUUUUGUGCAAGAGUUUCGCCGGGAUCGACCUGAAUUGGGUCGACCCGGAAGGUCGGACUCCGAUCCACGUCGCGGCGGCGCAUGGUCACAUCGAGACGUUGAAGUUUUGUAUUUCGGUUGGAGGCAAUGCUGAGGUUUCGGACUGUGAAGGUUGGAGCCCUCUUCAUUGCGCAGCGGAGAAGGGUCAUUUGGAGGCCGCCAAGUGUUUGUUAGAUUGCUCUAAUGUCAAGUAUGCCGUCACCAGAGAUGGAAGGACGGCUUUUGACAUAGCCGCGGCUAAUGGGCACUCGGGCCUGCUCGGUGUUCUGCGUUACGACGACGUUCUGCACCGGGCGGCGAGGUUGGACGAUGCGCAUGGGUUGAAGAGUUGCCUUGCGGAAGGGGCAGACGUGAAUGGGAGGGACCAAAAUGGGUGGACCCCUUUGCACAGGGCUGCAUUCAAAGGCAGGAUUGAGUGUGUGAAGGUGUUGCUUAACCAUGGUGCUCAGGUUGAUGUGGUUGAUGAUGAUGGGUACACGCCGCUGCAUUGCGCGGUGGAAGCGGGGAACGUGCAGGUUGCUCUGCUGUUGGUUGCUCAUGGAGCUCGAGCCAAUGUGAAGAGUUUGGAGGGUAUGACGCCUAUCAAUUUGGACCGUUUCAAGAACCACCCAGCUCUUGUCCAGCCUUUGUGUCAUGAAAAAGAGCGAGCUUGA